GGGUAAAAAAUGUCAAGUAUCAGGUAUCAAAUCAAAACGGCACUCGAAGUCUUUAUUUUAAGAUUAUUAUUCUCUUCCGUCCUGUUGCCAAUUUUCGUUUGCUUUGCCUUCCAUUUCAAAUGCCUUCCCUUCUAUAUAAAUCGCUUACUGAUUACAACUCCCCCCUAUUUCGCACUCAAUUCCUCAACGUUUCCGCCGCUUCUCCUCCCUCUCCGCCACCACCCAAUUGGAAUCUGUCCUGCCGGAUUACGUCUCAAAGCAUGUCUUGCUCUUCCGAAACUCCUUUGCCAACUCUCCGUACAGUUACUAUACCUUAUUACGAGCUCAAGGACAAGGAUGCUGAUCUGUCGUUGAAAAUUGAAGAAGGGUUUGGACCGAAUGGACUUGGAAUUCUAUCAAUUACUGAUGUUCCAGAGUUUCCUUCACUGCGUCGAAAUCUUCUAUGCCUUUCAUCUAGAUUAGCUGCCCUGCCUGAAGAUGUGAAGAAGGAACUUGAGGAUCCUCAGAGUAGGUACAAUUUUGGAUGGAGUCAUGGGAAAGAGCAGCUUGAAUCUGGGAAACCUGAUCUUCUGAAAGGUUCAUUCUAUGCAAAUCCCCUAAUUGAUGUGCCUACCAAUGACACAUACUUGAUUCAGAGAUAUCCAUCGUAUUGUGGAGCAAAUAUUUGGCCUCUGGCUGCUUUGCCAGAACUUGAAGUGGCUUUCAAAGCUCUGGGAAAGCUGAUCUUUGAUGUUGGGUUGAUGGUGGCAUAUCACUGCGAUCAAUAUGUAUCUAGGGGGAUGAAAAUGCGAAAGGAUGAAGGUCUUGAGCAAAUUCUUCUUCGCUCUCGUUGUCAUAAGGGACGUUUGCUUUAUUAUUUUCCUGCACAACUGAGUAAUCAUGAAGAAAAUGGUGACUCCAUGUCAUCUUGGUGUGGAUGGCAUACUGACCACGGCUCCUUGACAGGUCUGACAUGCGCCAUGUUUAAGAGGAACGAUGUAGAAAUAUCUUGUCCUGAUAGUGCUGCUGGCCUUUAUAUAAGAACACGGAGUGGUGAAAUUGUCAAAGCUACUUUUGGAGAAAAUGAAAUAGCAUACCAAAUUGGUGAAACCACUGAAAUUCUUUCUCAAGGAUAUCUUUGCGCAACACCUCAUGGUGUUCGGGCUCCAAAAGGAAAGGAGGCUUCCGGUGUUGAUCGAUCAACAUUUGCAUUAUUUAUGCAACCUGAUUGGGAUGAAAAGCUCAAUUUUCUUUUUAAUUGUAGGGAUGAAAAACUCAAUUUUUCUGAGGACGUUUAUAUUCAUAAAGAGCUGAUACCAUCAAAUGACAGUCUUACUUUUGGAGAGUAUUCAGAGAUGCUCCUUGACAAAUAUUACCACAAGAAAACAUAAAGAACUGUAAAUAUUUUCCUCUUUUACCAACUUUAAUCUUUAUUUUAUCCUAUAACGCUAUAGGUACACUAUAAAAUACAAUAAGCAAUAAUAUUGCUUUGUAAACUUCAUGUUAUUUUCAUAAGGAAGCAAACAAAUUUAUAGCU